UUGAUACACACUGGGAUGAAAACAGACUUAGCAACACAAAUAAAGGCAAAAAAAAAUGGGUGAGAGAAACUUUUAUUCACUGUCUGAAUAGUUCGAUACUUUCCAAGCAUUCGAGAGGCUUGGGAACUCUCCAAAAUGAGCAAGCUCACUACAAAACAAAUAUUUUCAUACCCUUCCACUAACCAACCCUUCCCCCUAUAUUCUCCUCACCCCCUAAGCCAAAACAGAACACCAACAAAUACUAACAGAAUGCCAAAACUUAUUCCCUAACAAAAAUGCAUAACAAAAUUGCAUAUUAGCUCCCCUUCUCUCUAACCACUUCUUACACGUCAGCUAUGAUUUAGAUUUCCAGAAUGACCCUUGCGCCUAGAAUAGGUGAAACGCACUUGUGGCCUAACACACAUCCCCUUAGAGACAUGCACAUGCAUACAUCUCUUGUCGACAUUCUCUCAUUUUCCUCAGUUACGGACUACUGAUCAUCUAAAUUGAGUGCCAAGUAAUUUCCUAUUAUUUAGUGUUGGAUUCCAAAUUUACCGUCAAGUUCAUUCCUGUCUCAAUCUUUCAUGACUAUUUAGUAACAAAGUCAUUGAUGACAUUAAGUUAUAGAUUCUCAUAUUAGUCACAUUUUUUUGCUCUUUUGCCUCAUUGAAUUUGGGUUCAAUGUUGCAUUUUUUUUUGUUUUGCAAGAUGGAAUUCUUGUUCUUUUGGAUAGGGUUUCCUAUCUGUUAUCUCAUGCAGGAAUAACCUAAUGUUUCAUGCCUCUGAUUUUUUAUGACAGGAGUAUGGGAAUCACUGAAGCAUUAAGAUUGCAGGUGGAGGUUCAGAAGCAGCUCCACGAACAACUUGAGAUACAGAGAAAUUUGCAGUUGCGGAUUGAAGAGCAAGGGAGAUACCUUCAGAGGAUGCUUGAGCAACAGACAACUUCGCUGUCAAAAGUGAUACAGCCUUCUCGUGCGGAUGAUAAAUUGGAAUCCUUGGAACAGGAUCUUGGCAAUGGAGGAGUUGCUGCAAGUAAUGCCAGCAUGUCAGUUGAGAAAACUUGCCAAAAAACAUGUGAGGAGCAAAAGGCAUCAGAGAAUAAGAUUUGUGACAAUGUUGACCCUGAUGCUAGUGGAUCAAGUCCCCCUCCCACAAAGCGUGCAAGGACUAAUGAAGCUGCACCAUCAUCGCCCAAACUGGCAUCUUGA